CGGAGAUCUGUCAAUCUCCGUCCGGGCUUUGAUUCCCCUUCUAGUUGAACGAUGUGGCGACUCGAAACCGGCGUUCUCAGAAUUUCAUUUGCCUGGAGCAUUCCAGGCUGUCGAUACGAACUUGCGAAGGCAAAUCCCCAAGUCCAGGGCUGGCGUGGGGAAUUCAUCAGUGUGGAGAAACUAUUGCUCCCGUCUACCUCCAUCAAGGAAAGCUUCUGGCCGAUGUGGCUUCUAACCGCUCGCCACAUGUGCGGAGAAAAUUGCGGAGUCUCCUUGCACCAGAAGUUGAUAAUUUUCAUUCUUCGCAGCCGUAACUACUCUGCGCUAGCCGACUGGGUAAAGGGCAAACUCAAGGAUAGCUGUCCAAGGUUCGACUCCAUCUUCCGCCUCCGCGAGAGAUGGUGGGCGAACCAGAGGAAAUGUGAGGAGUAAAUAACAAAGAAAAAGGAAAGGGGGGUGAAUGUUCCGAAAGGUUGAGCUGCAGGCUGCGGUCCC